UGCUCAUGUGAUUUGUGUUUUCAUCACAGAGAAGGUUUGGCAGUUUUUGAACUCUUUAUUUUAACAUUUAGCUUUUAGCGAACAUUAUAUUAUAGAUUCUCGCAGGGUUGUAGCCUAUUCAACAAACUAACGAAGGAUCGCUGUGUGUGUGCAGCUAUGUCCAGCAGUUACCAGAUAGUGGUGCAGGGCGAGGCUUCUGAGACAGACUCUGAUGAUGAAGUGUACAUUACCUCCAUGCCUGCUCCCCAAACUGCCACAAUCGGUGCCAAGGUUCCUGGGGAGGCGUCUGAAACAGACAGUGAGGGUGAGGAGGAGCAGGCGGGCCGAGUCUCCUCACUGAGCCAGGAAAGCGCUCAAAUACUCAGGAGAGACCUGCCUCCUCUUAUCGUAGUUAGAGACCAUCCUGAUAUACAGUCGAUAGUGGAAGACAGGCCAAGUCCCACACACAGGCCACACGGUGACACCCUUUUACAACAGAAACUGCAGGAAUCUAACAGCCGGCUGUAUUCAGAUGUGGGACAGACACUACGGCACGUUUAUGGCAGUGCCAGCAGAGAGGUGCAAAGUGCAACAGGUCAGCUGACGACUUCGCAGGGCGCCAUCAUCAACGCCUCCCACAGCAUCAGAUUAAUCCUGGAUGAUCUAAAGGCUGUGUCCGAGAAAAUUGACAUCAUCACCAGCUGUCAAAUAUUGCCUGAUAUUAACAUCAAUAAUCCAAAUAAUAAUACCGCACCUGUACCUUGAAGAAACAAAUCAAUAUAAGUAUUUAAAAUAUACAUAUCAUUAUGGGUAUAUUUUCAUUGGAUAUCAGGGGUUUUUUGCAUUAGAAAAAGUAACAUGGUGGCUUUACUUUACUGUUUACAAACAAUGCCCAUGCAUAUAAACAAAUACUUAUAUUAACAGCCACACACUUUAUAUGUUUUUAUUUGUCAGGAUCUUCUGUCCUUGUGUCGGGAUAUCUGGAUAUUUCUGUAAAGAGAGGACUUUGUGUUAACCUAUGAUUUGCUGUUGUCUUCCUGGGUUACAUUUUGAUUUUACAUAGGAAUUUUCCCCUGCAUUAAAAAAAAGUAAUAUAACAAAACAAUAUCUCUUAAACCACUGCAGACUAAUUUUUUACAAGUCAUAUCAUUUCAAUCUGUGCAGUACCUCUGCAGGUCCUCUGUAAUAGGUCAGGAAUGCAGAGUUGUACACGUUUUUCAUGCUAUUUUUUAAAUAUGUGUUCAUUUUUCCCCCCUGUAUGUUAAUAUUGUGACAUUAAUGUAAUUCACUAAUAUAAACUGCUUUUGUUGGAAACCUGAA